CAACUUUAGAACAAUUUUGUUAGUAUUAAAGAUAUUAACAGACAACUAUAUAAGAGUAAAUGGGCAGACAUCUGAAGAAGUGCCUCUUAUGAGAUGAGUUUGACAAGGUUGUGUGCUCCCCCUCCGUUUGUCUAAUUUAUAUGUAGAAAAAUGAUUCAGAGAAACAGUUGAAGGCAUAGCAAAAUAAAGCAUAAUUGCUAAUGCAAUAGUAAUCAUCAAUUUAAGAUACGAUGAUGCCACGGUUUUACUAGUAGCAGAUAAAGAUGAUAGACUAUAGCUAAUAAAUAAGUCUUAAAUAUAAAGAAAGCCAAAGGGAUAAUCGUCGGGAAAAACAAACAUAUAGCCAAUAGAUUAACAGAUAUCAUAGUAAAUAAAAAACUUACAAACAUAUAAAAUUCUGGACUGCUAGGUGAAUGAAAAAUGGCACUUAAUUCAAGAAAUCAACAGAGGAAUAGAGCACGUAGAGCAGCAUAAAAGAAUAAAGUUGGAGUAUUUCGUCCACGUAAUGAGAAAUACAAAAUAUAAAUAGCUCUAUAUAUUCAGGGAAAAUAGAGACCACUCGUGGUCCUGUUCGCUGAAGAACAUCUUGGCUCAAAAAUUUUCGCCAGAGGUAUGGAGUAAACACCACGACAUGUUUAGGCGGAUAAAGUAAAGUGAAGAUCUGAUUGACAAUGUUCUGGAAGGACACGAUAAUUAAAGAAGAGGAAGAAAGACUCCGGAAGCAACUUUUUCUUAAUUAAGAUCCACCAAAGGUUUAUUCGUUUAUUUGUAGAUCACAUGUACUUCAAGUUAAAAAGACAUAAGGUGAAUUAUAAUGUUAUAUGUUAAGAGUACGUUCUUAAAAUAGAAAGUAAUCAUCAGUCUCAGCUUUACAUACUAAAAAGUUAUUAAAAAAAAAACAAUUCACCAUUAAGUUUGAGGUUGUUUCAAUCUUCAAAGAUUUCCCACCUUCUAAAACGUUGGAAUUUAUUUUAGUUAAUCAGUUUUGGGACAUUCUGCAUCUAUAGAUUUAUCCUUUCAAAAACUAUAAAAUGUUAUUUGAACAUUCGAAUUGCAUAAGGUUUGGUAGAUAAGGAUUGGGUAAAAUACUUUGUAAAAUUGUCUUGGUACGUGAAUGCUACUCGGGGAUUAUUUCAAAAAGAGAUGCAUAUAUUCUAGUGAUGUUGACCGCAUUAAAUGUUCAAAUCCGCACGAAGGAAAAUUAUUGGUGAAUGAAGUAUUGUCUAUUAAUGUCGACGAGCUGUUCACUCUAUUAUUUACUUCGUCGAAGUUUUACCUGGACUUUCACGCAUUUCGAAAGACGACAAAUCUCAUACAAACUCCAUGGAAUCACAAUAAUGAAAAUAACAGUGAAAAUCGAGUAAUCAAUAUGACUUACGCUGUAACCCAACCCAUUGGACCGAAAACAUCCGAAGUGACAGAAACCCAGAGAAUACUUCCGUGCAGUAAAGCUGGAAUUUUUUACGCCAUAGACGUAGAUUUAGAAAACGCUGGCAUACCAUACGCAGACAGCUUUUAUUCGCAGAUUCACUACUGUUUGAAAAAAGUUUCCAACACAGAAGCGUCAAUUUCUAUUUAUUCGCAGCUAAUAUUCAGAAAGAAAAUUUGGGGUUUGGUUAAAGGAAUGCUGGAAAAAAAUGUCUGGGCCGGAACGGAAGAAUUUUUCGAUAGUUUAAAAAACGCUUUGCUCCAACAUAUAAGCGGAAAUAUUUCGAAAAGUAGACCAAACUUAAGAAAAAAACAUCAUCGCCGUGGAAAUAAACGUUCGAGAAGUUCAGUCAAUGGCCCUCCAAAGCAAUCGCUUCAACUUGCAGGAUUCAAGACAAGCACCCUUAUUAUUGUUGUUGUUAUUUUAUGCCUCUUAUUGUUAUUUCUUAAUAUUUAUUUGUAUUCUAAACUACGAUAUUUAGAGGAAAACUAUUCAAGCCACGUUGUAAACUGGCCAAAAUUAAAAAACCUCUCAAAUUCACAUGAUGAACUGCAUGAACUUCACCAGGAGAACGCGGAAACAUAUUCACCACUAAAAACCACCUUACGAUUUUUAAAACAGGUAGAACAAUCUUUUGUUGAAUUAAAGAAAGUUAUUAAGCCAAUUCGGCCAAAGGAAUAUUUGGGUUCUGAGCGACAAGAUGCUUUGGCAAAAUUAGAAAAAGAAAGGGAAUUAUGAUGUUGAUUUUCCACUAUUUUUCAAGAAUUAAAUAUUCAUUAAUAACCGUUUUGAAUAAAAACA